CCGGCAGUCCGAGCGCGGCGCGCCGAGCGCAUCGCUCCGCGGUGACGGCAAUGGCGGCCGUGGCGGCGCGGCGGAGGGCGGGCGGCGGGGAGCGGCGGCGGCAGGAGAGCGCACGGAGGAACGCGGGCCCGCAGGAGGCGCGGGGCGGGCGGCUGUGGUCUGCGUGCUUCGUCUCCGCCGCUCUCGUCGCGGCCGGCGGCGGUUUCCUGGCAUGGAGUUCCCGGAGCGCUGAGGACGGCGUCGCCGAAGUGUUGGCCCGGCGCGGGGAGACGCUGCUGGAUAAGUUCGUGGAGGUGCCGUGCUCCGGGGACUACGACGGCUACCGGAGGUUUGAAGGGUGCACUCCCAGGAGGUGCGGGAGAGGUGUGACCGAUGCAGUGAUCACCAGGGAGGAAGCGGAAAGAAUCCGUAGAAUAGCAGAGAGGGGACUGUCCUUGGGAGGAUCAGAUGGAGGGGCAUCAAUUUUGGACUUGCACUCUGGAGCUCUUUCACUGGGGAAGCAUUUUGUUAAUCUGUACAGGUACUUUGGGGACAAAAUAAAAGACAUCUUCACAGAAGAGGAUUUUGCAUUAUAUCGUGAUGUGAGACAGAGAAUUCAACAGAAGAUUGCUCAGGCGUUUGGUAUCAGCUCUUCUUCCAUGUACCUGACUAAGCCGACAUUCUUCUCUAGAAUAAACAGCACAGAAGCCAAGACAACACAUGAUGAAUACUGGCACCCGCACGUUGACAAGGUGACUUACGGCUCUUUUGACUAUACUUCUCUGCUCUACCUCUCUGACUACGCUGAAGAUUUUGGUGGUGGUCGGUUUGUGUUUAUGGAUGCGGGAUCCAACAAGACAGUAGAGCCCCAAGCAGGCCGGGUUUCCUUUUUCACCUCUGGAUCAGAGAACUUGCAUCGGGUGGAAAAGGUUCACUGGGGCACUCGCUACGCCAUCACCAUCUCCUUCACUUGCAACCCAGACCAUGGCAUCGGGGAUCCAGUCUUGAUGUAAUUCCUCCAGGGGUGGAACAUGAGGUCAGAUGGAACAAGAGAAACCCUGUGAGAGAAAUGGAGAUAACUCUUAUGGAAUCUCAUUGAAUUAGAAUUUCCCAGAUGUAUUAAUAUAUCGUAAUACAUUUUAUUUCCACGUGUACUUUUCAGUACGUACUGCAAACAGUGCCUUAAGGACCAUCCUAGAUUUGGUAUGUUCUGUAAAAGGUUUGUCUCUAUGUGGAAUCCUGUGGUUGGCUCUUUAUUUUUCUACUUAUUUAUUUUGAUUCUUCAGUUUAAAUGUUAUGAACCACCUUUUGGACCGUAUCUUGGUAUGUCACCCCAUGCCGCUGUUGAAUUCUGUAGUCACUUCCAUUACUGAUGAGAUUUAGAAAGUUUGACCAAAGUUAAUUCAGUAAGAUGAGUGCUAUUCAUUUGGACGUCUCUCCUCUUGAUAAUGUAUUCUCCAUAGCACAGGCAGUACACCUGUGGUUUGACUACUGGGCUUUACUUGAACUUUUUUUAAAAUUAAAUUUCUAUGGAAAUGUUCUGCUACAACCAGGGACUAGUUAAUAUGAUGUCAGAACUACAGCCUUACAGUUAGCCAGAAAGUGCAUCACUUCUGGAUUGCAAAUGCUGUGGUGUAUUAGGAAAUGGCACCACCGUGGAUUCCUCUGACCAGAAUGCAGCAUUCCCAAUGCACCUCACUUUGUCAGUGUCAUCUUAAUGAAAAUGAUCAAUCUCCUGGUCAGAAACCACACGCUAGGUUUAUGGGAGUGUGACCAUCGAACCGUGUACAUCAAGUAUUAAAAGGAGAGCUGGGCAGAGGUGGUCAGCCUGUAUUCAGCUGAGUGUUCAGCUGUCCAAAUUCCCAGCUAUGACUGUGGGAUUUGGGAGCAGCACAGGUGAGAAGAAAGUUGGCUUUGUGGUGGUUUUCCAUGUGCUGGUCUCUUUAGGCUUGAUCCUGUAAACCCUGACUUGCUGCUUGGACAGCUGGGUAACGAAACCACACGGAGCAGCUGUGUGUGGUAUGUGGGCUCUGAGGGAAGCUGGUGUCCACUUACCCCUUAAACUGAAAUGCUCUCGAGCUGGAACUCACUUGUAAAAGAAUUUGAAACAUCUCUUUAUUGGGCGUAAAUUUAAUCUUAAGACCCCUUUUAAAAGAACUCUUGAUUUCUGUUAUUGUUGACACUGCUUACAAAUGUGUAGUGAGGUGCUAUGUUUACCUUGUCUAAGAACAAUGUUUUAUCUGUUUCAGAAAGUUUAUCAAUAGUUUUUGAUUUCUCUUUUUUGGCUUAGUAUGAAGAUUUCUGUCUACUAGGAUCAUUAAUCUGUGACAUUAUUAGAAUAAUGAAUUGCUCUCUCUCUGCAGAGAGAAAGGGGUGAUUGUGUUGUAGUAUAGAUGAAAUAAAACAAUGAAUUGUAAAGAAAGGCUUUUGUGGGCCACCACGUUAAGUAAAUCAUAGGAAGAAGGUCUUUUUUUCCUCAAAUUCUGAAGUAAACAUGUCGAUUUCAUUUAUUAUCUUUUCUAUGAAAGUGAAAAGCUGGAGAUGUGCUUUAAUUUUUUUUUAAUUCAUAUGUUUUCAUACAGUUUUCAUUUUGUUUUAACCUACCAUUCUGUGGAAAUUAUAAGUACUGGGGAGAUUUCACUAACGAUGUGUACAAAGAGAACCAUGACUGGACACUUGCACUUGUUCUCUGAGUAUUUUCUGCACACCAGCAAGAUCGGUCUUCUGAGAUUUCAUUGCUGUUCUGAGACCUGAGAAGGGCUUCCUAGUCCUUCCUAGUCUCCACGGAGUUGUUUCAGUGGCUGGACGGCAGGGAAAUAACGCUGUUAUUUGGAUUCUGUAUCUAAUUACUUGUCUCCAAGGCCAUUAAUUCAAGUUGCAUCACACUGAAGUUGUAUGUUUAUGCGAAGGCAGACCAAGAUCACCAGCAACAGUUCUACUGGCUUAAAACUUGAUUCCUAACACCACCUUGUGAUUUAAGCACGGAGCCUUUUGCACUGCUGUCAGAGAAAUCUAAAUAUCAAUGGACCUCUGUGGAUUUGGGUUUGAUUCUCCAGGUCGAGGAAUAAAAACUGAGGGCUCGGCCAUUUUUCCACAAGUUUACUAGUUACUUUUCUGUCAUACAGGCUUCGAGUUGCACUAAAUGGAAGUGGCACAUCCAGAGCUGCCCUCUAUAAAACACUGCUUAACAAGAACAUGUCAGGCCAUGGGGGAAAUCUCAGCUAAUCUCCUCUCAGAUGUUAAUCUUCUGAAGAUCCUGUGUAUUGUAAUAUCUUCCAAACGUGGUGCACUUCUCCCAUAAUGUGAACUGACUGACGUUCAGAAAUAAAAUCCAAUUGAUAUUUGU